CGGAAGGCUUCAUGUCCACUUUCAGGGGCAUAAUUAAGGAAUUCCCACAGAUCAAGAUUGACUACUUCCGACAUGUGCUGGGAGAACUACCGCCUCUGGCGUGCUUCCUGAGCCACGUGCACACCGACCAUCUGCUGGGCUUGGAGUCGUUGAAAGCACCGUUUGUUUACUGCUCACCCAUCACAAGGGAGCUUCUACUACGAAUAGAAAAGUAUCCAAAUCGCACGAACUAUGCCAAAGGCAUACUCGAAUCGCGGAUCCAGACGUACCGCCAUUUGAAAAACCUGCUCAAGGCCAUUCCCCUCGAAACUCCCACUGUACUCGAGCUUCGACCUGGCUACGAAAUUCGAGUCACGCUUUUCGAUGCCAAUCACUGUCUGGGUGCAGUGAUGUUCUUGAUUGAAGGCGACGGCAGAGCAGUCCUCUUUACUGGAGACAUUCGAUCAGAACCAUGGUGGGUCGAUCAACUUGUCCAGAAUCCAGUUCUGAUACCGUAUACCGGAUGUAAUAGGACAUUGGACUGUAUUUACCUUGAUACUACGAAUGCGUCCAAAAAUGAUCAUCAUCGUGAAUUUCCUUCCAAGGCGGACGGGGUAAGAGAGCUUACGAAAAAGGUUUUGCAAUAUCCUGAUGAUACAGUGUUUUACUUUGACGCAUGGACCUUUGGCUAUGAGAAGGUGUGGGUGACCUUGGCAUCCGUACUUAAUACACAGGUGCAUCUGGAUCAUUAUCGUUGGGGCUUGUAUAAGUCAAUUGCAAACGCAAGCCAUGGGGCUUUUGGGUACCCCGAAACUGCACAACUAUGUGGUUUUCAACUAGGAAACCACCAGAAAGACGGCUGUCUGACAUCUGACCCCAGUGUCAGGCUUCACAGCUGUGAAAAAGGCGCAUUGUGCCCGGUGAUACAAGACAAUCCAAAUGUCGUCUUUAUUACACCAAUUGUUUCCAGGUUGCCGAAUGGUGCCGAAAUGCACGAGUUCGGUACGGUCAACAGCGAACACAGGGUUGAUCAGGCCGGCAGGGUCGACUUCACUUCUCACACGAACGUUGCACAAUUCAACCGUAGCAACAUGAACAAGAUUAACAUUGAGAAGUCAACCCUAUGGGUAUCCCAACACCUCAGUCAGUUUCCAUGUCCUCAUACUCGCGUCGGCAUUGAAUUUUGUGACCAGCGCAACGCCGCGUUCUCAAUACUACGUCGUCCACCAUCGAAGACGAUUUUCGCCAACGAAUCUUCACGUCUGACUUUUGAGAUCACACAACCUACUCCUAUGUACUCGCGGGUCUUGCCAAAAUCGAUACGUUUUCCAUAUUCCAGGCACAGUUCGUACGCAGAACUUUGCGGUCUCGUGCAAGCUUUUCGGCCACGGGAUGUUCAUCCAUGCACGGUUGAUGAAGAGACAUGGUGUCCAGACGUCAGCAUGCGCGCAUUGUUUGGUCAUUUAUGCUCCGGGGAAGUCUUUGCUCACGACGAAGAAAUGAUGAGCCUGAGCCGGCGGCGCACGCAGAGACCGAGCUGCAACAAGGUCGAUAGCGAACAUGAAAACAGCACUCAGCGGACACAAUCAACGACAGAAGGAUAUAUGCAGGUCGAAAGUUGGACUGUAGGCCCUUACGACAUGUUGCCUUUACAUUCGCGGCCACUCGCGCCCACCAGAGCUUCUAUACAGACGGGAAACACCGAUCCUCGUUUGGAUGAACAAGACGACAGCGUCUCUCAGAUCGAACCAUUUGCAACUAAGCGACCUCAACGAAAUUUCCCGCGCAUCGAAAACUCCGCUUUCUUCUCUGGACGUUCUUGCAGUAUUCGCAAACGGGCUUACAUGGCGGCAUUAGGGUCAGAUUCGAACUGCAGUGACUGGGACUCCUUUGGUGGACUCAGCUGUGUUAAAAAACGCCAAAAAGACAUUGAACUUUGAUAAAUCACAGUGCAGGGAGCGCUUUGUGAGUAAAUUUGGUCGAGGCUCUGUUCGCGGUAGUAUGCAUAGUAUUAUGGUACUUUGAAUAAGAGCUGAGGGCAGAGAAUUCAACGCCAAACGCAUCUACGUGUUUCCCGG